UCUAUCUUUCUCUCUCACCGGACAUAAUCGGCCGGUAAAUACAGUCGCCGCCGUGUGUGAUCCGUUCAACCCUGUGCACUUUUGUGUCCUCUCAUACAUACAUAAAACUUUUUUUGUUACAGUUUGAUUCCUUUUUAUUUUUAUUCUAAUUGUCAAAUCGUUUUUCUGUUGUCGUUGCCGCCGUCUGCCGGCGCGUGUUUGUUACCCCCGACGGCCCACUUUUUCCGACGUGAGUACGACUGCUAACGUGCGCCGAUUUUUUUCUCAAUCCAUAUAUGUACACACAAACGUAAUCAAUCUAUCUAUAUACGUGUAUAUAUGGAGCCUUAUUCGUAAACCAAUGUGAGUCAUCUCAAAUGAAUUUGAAUACCAUCUAAAAGUCGCUCACUCACUCAUCGGUUGAUUGUGUUUUUGAACUGCUAUCGUGACCUAAUUUAGGGGUUUUCUUUUGUAGAUUUAGGAACUCCAAUGUGCUUUAUGUCUUUUCUUAUGGUUUUGGUGCUCCAUCUUCGUAGAGUGACCGAUCCACUGUUUAUGCAUCCAGGCCAAUUGAAUUCUGCUUUUAUGGGUGUCCAUAUCGUCUGGAUCGCCCUUUCCCUCCUGUGUACUUUUUUAAUUCGCUAUUCACGUGAAGAGUGGAUUUCACUAAUUAUUUCUUUCUGGUUGUUUGAGUGUCACCGGACAAUCCAUAUAGUCUUUCUAUGAUUAAAGCCGUAGUUUGUUCAUUUUAUUUUUAUUCAUAGAUGAUUGAAAUUUUACACCCCUCACUCAUUUUUACUAGCUAGUUUUAAAUGUUUUUAUGUUUGAUUAAUAGGUUUAAGGAAAGAAGGUGGAAGCUCGUAGUGAAUAAGGGAAGCGGAAGUGACUUAGGUUUCAGGUUCCUGUCAGAAUGGCCUUUUUUAGAAACUAUACUAAUGGAACAGUUGCAGAGGGGGUUUUGAAUGACAAGCACCAGGGUGGAACCAUAGAAAGAGCCGAGAGCAUUGUAGGAAACCAUGAUUUGGAAACAACUUCUAGUAUGGAUAAAGGGUUUGCGACGAAGAUGGAAGAUGGGCAGUAUCAUGGCGAUGGUGAACCAUAUUCUACGAGUAGGUCACUGAAUGAGCCAGCAGCUGAGGAGGAGGAUGGCUUAUUGAAUUUAACAGCUUCUACUACUACUACUACUGCUAUUACUACUACUACUAAUACAAGGAAACCAGCAGGGAGAUGGGGCUCAACAUUUUGGAAGGACUGUCAACCUAUGCAUCAUAAACAUGGGUCAGAAUCUGUGCAGGAAUCAAGGAGUAGCUCUGAAUAUAACAUUGAAGAGGGAUCUGGCAAUGAUUUGUCGGAAACGGAUAAGGCAAAUAAGGGUCAAAAUGUGGAUGAGAUGUUGUCUGAUGAUUACUACGAGCUGGAUGGAGAUGACCAAAGUGAUUCAAUGCACCAUAAGCUAUUAAGUAAUGCAGCUGGCUAUAGUUCAAUAUCUCAGCCGCAGGUUGCUGACAAUCACUUUGUGUCCAGAAAGAAGUCAAAAACUUCAUCUGGGGGUGCAUAUGUGGAAGAUGCCGAUUUUGAAGAUGAUGAGGAGGAAGAAGAUGAAGAUGACCCUGCUGAUGUAGAUUUUAAUCCUGACUUGGUCACCACAAGUGUUGGAAGAGGGAAGAAGGAGCAUGACGAAAACUGGGAAGGAGAAGGUUUUGACGAAGAUGAUAAUUCUGAAGAUGAUGAAUUGGAAAUCUCAGAUGAUGAUUCUUAUAAGAAACCAAGUGGCAUGCAAAGGCAGAAGCGUGGGCGUAAUAGUUUAAAGUCUAGUAGAGAACCUAAACCUUCUACAUCUUUCAGUCGGAGGAAAAGAGGUAGGGCAUCAUUUGAUGAAGACGACUCGUCAACAAAUGAUUCAGAUGAUGAUAUUGAAGAGGACUUCAAAAGUACAAGAAGGAGAAGUAGCCACCCUCGGAAAGACCCUGGUGGUCGAUCUAUUUCUACAAAAGGUUCUGGGAGGAUCAAUGAAAUUCGAACUUCAACUAGAUCGGUGCGGAAAGUAUCAUAUGCUGAAAGCGAAGAAAGCGAAGAGCAUGAUGAAGAUAUCAAGAAAAAGAGCCACAAGGAUGAGAUGGAAGAGGAAGAUGGUGACUCAAUUGAGAAGGUGCUGUGGCAUCAGCCAAAGGGCACAGCAGAAGAAGCUGUUCGAACCAACAAAUCUACAGACCCUCUAUUAUUGAACCAGUUAUUUGACUCAGAGCCAGAUUGGAAUGAUACUGAAUUUUUUAUCAAAUGGAAAGGCCAGUCACAUUUGCAUUGUCAGUGGAAAUCAUUUUCUGAACUACAAAAUCUGAGUGGCUUUAAGAAGGUUAUAAAUUACACUAAAAAGGUUAUGGAGGAUAUAAAGCACAGGAGAACAGUAUCUCGUGAGGAGAUUGAAGUCAUUGAUGUGAGCAAGGAGAUGGAUUUGGAUCUUAUCAAGCAGAAUUGUCAGGUCGAGAGAAUAAUUGCUGACAGAAUCAGCAAAGGUUCGGAAGUGCCAGAGUAUUUGGUUAAGUGGCAAGGUCUUUCCUAUGCUGAAGCAACAUGGGAGAAGAUCAAUGAUAUUUCUUUCGCUCAAGCAGCAAUUGAGGAAUAUAAGGCUCGAGAAGCUGCACUUGCUGCUGUACAUGGAAAAAUGGUAGAUUUCCAGCGAAGAAAGAGUAAAGCAAGUUUGAGAAAGCUUGAUGAACAGCCUGAUUGGUUAAAAGGAGGGAAACUGAGAGACUAUCAACUCGAGGGCUUGAAUUUUCUCGUUAAUAGUUGGAGAAAUGAUACAAAUGUCAUAUUAGCUGAUGAAAUGGGUCUUGGCAAAACAGUUCAGUCAGUUUCUAUGGUUGGUUUCCUCCAGAACUCACAACAAAUUCAUGGGCCUUUUCUUGUUGUUGUUCCUUUAUCAACCUUGUCAAAUUGGGCUAAAGAAUUCCGAAAGUGGCUUCCUGAUAUGAAUGUGAUCAUAUAUGUUGGUACUCGUGCCAGCCGAGAGGUUUGUCAGCAAUACGAAUUUUUCUCUGAUAAGAACACUGGUGGCACUACGAAGUUUGAUGCGCUAUUAACUACCUAUGAAGUUCUAUUAAAGGAUAAGAUGGUGCUAUCAAAAAUUAAGUGGAACUAUCUUAUGGUUGAUGAAGCACAUAGGUUGAAAAACAGUGAGGCGUCAUUAUAUACAACACUAAAGGAAUUCAGCACGAAAAACAAGCUUCUUAUUACUGGCACUCCCUUGCAAAACAGUGUUGAAGAGCUAUGGGCCUUGCUUCACUUUCUCGACUCAGAUAAGUUCAAUAGCAAGGAUGAAUUUGUUCAGAACUACAGAAAUCUUAGUUCGUUUAAUGAAAUCGAGCUUGCUAAUCUUCAUAUGGAGUUGCGGCCCCACAUUCUGCGAAGAGUUAUAAAGGAUGUGGAGAAGUCCUUGCCCCCAAAGAUUGAGCGUGUUCUCCGGGUUGAGAUGUCCCCUCUACAGAAGCAGUAUUACAAGUGGAUUCUGGAACGCAACUUUCAUGACUUAAACAAAGGUGUACGUGGAAAUCAGGUUUCCCUUUUGAACAUUGUGGUUGAGUUGAAAAAAUGUUGUAAUCAUCCAUUUCUAUUUGAAAGUGCUGAUCAUGGUUAUGGUGGGGACUCUGCUAUUACUGGUAGCAGUAAACUGGAGCGGAUCAUUCUUAGCAGUGGAAAGCUGGUUAUCCUGGACAAGCUUCUUGACAGGCUGCACGAGACAAAUCACCGGGUUCUAAUAUUUUCGCAGAUGGUUAAGAUGUUGGAUAUCUUAGCAGAAUACUUGUCAAUUAAGGGGUUCAAGUAUCAGAGACUUGAUGGAAGUACAAAGGCUGAGGUGCGCCACCAGGCUAUGGAGCAUUUUAAUGCACCCAGCAGUGAUGAUUUUUGCUUCCUUCUUUCUACUCGUGCUGGUGGUUUAGGUAUCAACCUUGCAACGGCAGAUACAGUCAUAAUAUUUGACUCUGACUGGAAUCCUCAGAAUGAUCUUCAGGCAAUGAGCAGAGCUCACAGAAUUGGACAGCAGGAGGUUGUUAAUAUCUAUAGGUUUGUGACAAGCAAGAGUGUUGAGGAAGACAUCUUGGAGCGUGCAAAAAAGAAGAUGGUACUUGACCAUUUGGUUAUUCAGAAACUAAAUGCUGAGGGGAGGUUGGAGAAGAAAGAAGCAAAAAAAGGGAGUGCGUUUGACAAGAAUGAGUUAUCAGCUAUUUUGAGAUUUGGGGCAGAGGAACUGUUUAAAGAAGAUAGAAAUGAUGAAGAAAACAAAAAGCGCCUUCUAAGCAUGGAUAUUGAUGAAAUUCUUGAAAGAGCAGAGAAGGUUGAACAGAAAGGGGCCGAAGACGAAGGAGGACAUGAAUUACUGAGCGCAUUUAAGGUUGCAAAUUUCUGCUCUGCUGAAGAUGACGGAAGUUUUUGGAGUCGCUGGAUAAAACCUGAUGCCGUUUCACAGGCCGAGGAAGCUUUAGCCCCUCGAGCUGCAAGGAACAGCAAGAGUUAUGCUGAGGCCAUCCCAUCCGAAAGGAAUAACAAAAGGAAAAAGAAGGGUGUCGAAUUUCAGGACAGAGCCAUAAAGCGCCGGAAGGCAGAUUAUUCUAGUUAUCAACCACCAGCACUUGAGGGAGCUUCUGCACAAGCAAGAAGGUGGUCAUAUGGGAACUUGCCAAAGAGGGAUGCUACACGUUUUUUUCGUGCGAAGCCUACUUAGAUAUGAGCAAACCAUCUCAAGUGAUGUUGCCUUUGUGGUGCCUAUCUUCCCCAGACAUCACUAUUCCUCCAAAGGUCAGGUGACUUGUUUUACUUUAUAGUUGUUGAUAUGACAUGGUAAAUAUCCAAGGUUUACAAGUACCAUCGUGUUGUAAACUUGACUGCCAUGAUCUAUUUAUGUGGGGGAUUGCUCUUGGGCUCUUGCCACUGCAUACUUUUGAAAAAUAUGCAACAGAAGGGGUAAGCUCUGCCCAUACAGAGGUGAAACGAUAUCUUGUUCUUGUGCUGACGUUAUGUAUGCCUCUCUUGUGCGCUUACAUUUAAAAAGGUAGCCCACUCACAAUAAAAAGAACAUAGCCCUUGUGCUGGUACGAAAUGUCUGUAAUGUUGAUUUGCAUUUUAAAAUAUCCAUUCACUUAUGCUGAAAGCGACAAGGAUUCAGCAUUAGUGUUCUAGUUUUCUUUCCAGGGUCUUGAUUUUCCUCUGAACUCUUAGUAUUCUUCAGUUGCAUCCAUCCUUACAUUUUGAAUCUUUAUUGAGCUUACCAAAUGAGGGCCUAUCUUUCUCAUAUUAACAAGGAUAGGGGCAGAUACAUGUUUUGCAGUGUUCAUUUGACUUUUCAGUUAUUCUUAAACAAAUUGUUUUCUCAAGUCUUUUAUUAUGGUAAACUGUUACUUGUGAAAAGUAGUUGUGUAGAAAUUAGUUUUUGAAUUUAAUGUCCUAAUGGACUGUCACUUAGAUGAUAUAUUAAGAUUAUCUGAAAUUAUUUAUUAACUAGUUCAUUGGACAUAGUAACUAAAGUUGGAUUUUAUUGGACUUAAACUCUAUGAGUGUUAUUAGCUAAUAACUAUUUAAUGAUAAAAGUAUUUACAUUAGAUUUGUUAGCCUAAUGUUUUGGCGCUGUAGGUCUACAAAUUUAAUAAUGUAUUAAUGAAAACAUGUCUACCACAGUCUAAAUAAUUAUUCUAUCCUAUCAUAACAAAAAGGUUCAUGGGUGGUCUAGCUUUACUUUGUUUUCUUAGUGUGCUCGCUCACUUGAACUGUUCUUAGUGACCCAAAUGGGGGUGGUCUAGCUUUACUCUGUAUAACUAGGAGCUUUGUAUAGGUUCAGUUGGUUUACGUGCACCUAGAUUAGUAUGCUUCUGCUGCUGUACAUCAAAUACGAUCUGUAUUGUUUUGGGCUGCAUCCAACUUAUCCUGCUAUGAUGGUGGUACUCAUUUUUUAUUCUGUUUCGGUAGCAGUGAUAAUGGUGGUAGUGGCUGUUUUGUGUUGGUUGAUGGUUACAGUAGUAUUAUACUUUUGUUUGCUUUGCAUAUUCCCUGAUGCUGCAAAUCUUUAUAUCUUUGAUGAAACACAUAAGUUAACAAAAAGGUCACCGAACUUGAUUAGUUGUUAUGAACUGGUAGCUUCAAUUGGAUAAAAAAUUCUCUCAACCUAAGACCUUUCAUGUUUUCUGUAUUUAAUAAUAUUUGGUAUGAGUUUAUGAUUAUCUCUUGAAAAUAUAUUUCCACUUACUGCUUUUAAUUUUAUACUUUUGAGCUUUCUCUUUUUUGGGCUGUUUGUUUGUUUAAAAUGCUAAAGGCUGAAUGCUGAUUUCAAAUAUGAUAAGUAAGAGGCAACAUCUAAAUCCUGGACCAUUCGGAUUGUUUGAAAAGUGAGUUGGAAUGAAAUUGUCUGAAUGCAUGUGUUAGUAAAUUUCUCUUACAAGUUAGAUUUUUUUUUGAUAUAAAUAUUUGAUUAAAUAAUAAAACAGGAUUAAAAAUGAAAAUUAUCAAAAUAAAUAGUAUAAAGCAAUAAAAAUUAAAAUUUGGAAAAAUAUCAGAAGAAAACCAUCCAUCCAUCAGAAUGCGGAAUCAAAAUCAUCGAUUUUGCUCUCUUCUACGUGCUCACCCUUUCAUUCUCGCACAUUCUCUCUCUCUCUCUCUCUCUCUCUCUCUCAUUCUGCAAUCAUCACCAGCGAUAGCUAGGCAAUAACUCAAGCUGUUUUCAUUUGGCAAGACAAGAGCUGUCUUCUUCUACUGAAGCAAAAUGAAAAUGGCAUCGUCUUUCUUUUAUCUUGACUGGUAAGAUGCUCUUUUUCCAGCUUUUAUGUCUGAAUGGAGAAAAAAAACAAAGAGACUUGAUGCAAAGACGUCCGACCUGAUAAGAUGUUUUUGCAUUGACUGAUCUGAAAUUGCUAAAAUAAACGAUCCCUUGGUGUUUAAGUAGUUCUAUAGAUGUUGGUUAUUUUCUUUGACCUGCUUAAACAGUUUUACAUAAAAACAUUACAAGCAAUAGUUUUCUGACUAUGUUGACUUCUAUUUUAUCUGCAUUAUAGUCUUUUGUUUCACAGUUAUCAUUAGUUUUUUAGUUCUGUUGUUUGUGCUUAUAUUUAAGGCUUAAUUCUUUUGAACUUAAAAAAGAAGGUAUGAGGGUAUUUCAUUAUUUAGUUUUUCUAUGCUAAAACCAGGCUAAGAAGUUUGGAAAUGAUAGCCAAAUUGGCUUAAUAGCAGCCGAGGUUGGUGGGACCGUUGAAGCUGCUCCAGUAGAG